AUGGCUACAGCAGAGAUGUUGCCACCUACUUGGUCAUCUACGGAUGACGAUAGCCUCCGACUCAUCCUUGAUCUUCUGGCAGCAGAUGUCAGCGCUAUCACGUCUUCAUCGAAGGGAAAACAACCAAAAGGGCAACUGUCCGAUGAGGAGUUGGCUUUGCAGCUGUAUGCGGAAGAGGUGGAGGGUGCCGCGGUAUUUGCUUCGGAUCGAAGAAUGACCAGGAGCAUUCAGAGUGCAGUUCAGACGGACGCCGAUGCUCUCACUCAGUCCGAGCGCGAAGAACGCAUGGCCCAGAAUGACCACGACAUCUCGGCCUCCCUUUCGAGAGGUAUGCCCGAAACCGGCGUCGAACACGCUGCUGUUGAGAACCCCUCAGAGGCCGACAUGGAAAUAUGGGAGAAGCUUUCGGCUCUAUACAUUACGGGUAUCGAUGACUGUACGGAUGAGGAACCUGAUACCGAAGAAGUUGAUGCAGGACUACCUGGACAACCGGAAUGCUCGUCCUGGGCGGCUACUCGCCAGUCGAAGAAGGUUGCCCAAAGGCGGCCUUGUCAAGCUUGCAGAGACCCUAAACACUUCACGGAUCUUGCACGAGCUCCAUGCAACCAUGAGUACUGCCGUGCAUGCCUGGCACAUCUGUUUCAGGACUCCAUGUUGGACGAGACGUUGUUCCCACCACGAUGUUGCAAACAGCCGAUUUACACUGGAGAGGAACAGACUAUUUCUCACGGAGCAUUUGGACCUGCCCAUGCAGGUGACUGUCCGCAGGAUGGUGCUCUCCAAGCAGUUCUGGAUGUGGCAAGAGAGGAGAGAUGGCAACGGUGCUACAAAUGUUUCACCAUGAUCGAGUUGAACAUGGGCUGCUUCCAUAUGACUACGAGUAGCGUUGAAGGGCUCGACGAAUACACGGAACAUCAUUACAUGCUUCAGAGCAUGGGAAAGGAGCAUCAAGCAGACAAGCUAGGCAUCGACGGCGCCGAGCUCGUCACCACGGCGAGCCCCAGGGUCGGAAACCAACGGCUUAUCGGGGGGCUGAUCCAGAGGAUCCCGCACAUCAUCCGCGUCACCAGCGAUACCGAUAUCGUCCCCGCGUCGCCCCCGGGUAAGGGGUGGGUUCACACGCCUGUCGAGGUCUCCACGAAGCGUAACGAAGACGUCAAGACGAAACUCGAGGCCGGCCUCUGCUCGGACUUCAGGGGGAACCCCCCACCCCCAAAUCAGAGAGUGAAGGUCAAAUGCGCUGCGACAUCGCAUACUGCUCGCGCAGCUGCCAGAUCCGCGACUGGAAGGUCCACAAGGAGCGCUGCGCCCGCACUAAGCACAACGACACUACUCCCGGUGCCGGUUCCUCAGCCAAAGGCAAUCCGGGUCCCCGUCCAGGGCCUCGAGAAAGCCGUCAUCGCCGGCCCCUUUUCACACCUAGACCAGGGCACCUAUCUGUACGACCGGCCCGAGCAGGACGUGUACAAGCUGCUCAUCGACUGCUACCGCCUGCGCAUGGACGACAACCUCAAGUUCGACCGUGUCCUGGAGCCCGACUCUAUCUACCAGCAGCACGUCAGCUCCGGGCUUCCCGGCUUCCGACGAUUCGUCCGGAUGGCCCAGGCGAUUCUGCCGCCUUGGUGGAGCGAGGAGAAGCAGAAGGAGUGCGAGGCAUCGGCGACAGGAUGGAGUGACUUGGAUGUGAAGAUCCAGAAGGCGGACAUCAUUCGAUGUUAUGGGGACGAUCACUUUCCCAUGCAGUUGCGGUUCUUGGCCGAGGCGGUCUACGGAUCUGGACCAGGCGGGCAGGAUGGGACGUUCAUGAGAGAGCACAUGAUGGAGCGGGAAAGAGGCGAAUUCGACGGAACGGUGGUGUAUGUCGAUACGAGCGCGCGCAGACCUGAGGAGUAA